CACACAGCGCGACGGGGACGCCGAUGGCGGAGCUCCGGGUUAUGCAAGAGAAGCUGCUGUCUCUACAGCGCAGCGUGAAGUUCUCUAUGCAGGCCGUGAGCCUCUUGAAAAGAACUGGCAAUUCAGUCAGACCAGGUUUGCCGGAGGAGGGGACGAGACUGCUGGAAGAAGCCCAGAACCUUCUGGAAGAGUUCACGCAGCUCUGCUCGACUGGAGACGAGGGGUUCUCGGAAGACCCAGCAGCACCAGAGACUAUGGGUAAAUGUAUUGACGGUGAUGCAAAUGGAGACAUGGCUCCAGGAGCGAGAGAGGGAGAAAGGCGCACUCCUAGUAGCCUGGCUCUCAGUAAAACAUCUGCGACGGGAGGUAAGAGGCUGCAAGAGAACCUGGCUGUUGACCCUGAUGACAUCACCCCUGAGACCGAGUCACAUGACGGUCAUGUGAGUUGUGUACCUCCAACACCCAGUAAUGACGUUGUGGAAUACGAGAAUGAAGACAGAUUUGAGGAUGCCAUGAGUGAGUUUCCAGACCACAUGGCGAUGAAAAUUGCGCCACCUGUGUCUCCACAACCCACAAACCUUUCCUCGACGACUAAAAAUCAUCAACGUACUACUAGUUUCACCCCUCCAAUAUCCCUCCCUACCUCCUUUAUCUCUCCUUCCUCUGCUGUCAAACGACGAACAAUCUCUUCUUCAAACAGUCCUCAACCUGAAAGUUCUAACACAGCUGCCUCCCAGAGCCCAACACUACUUAAAGUCCCAAGAAAAAUCUCGCCCUAUGUAGCUGCAUCUCCACCUGCCCCAGGUCCUGUAGAUACGGACACCACUGAUGGUGGACGGAUAGGUCUAGUGUUUGGUGGAGGAGGAGUGGGUGAUAGAGAUCAAGGGAGCGGAGUGGGGAUAGAGAAAAGUAGGGGGGGAGAGGGAGUGCUGGACCAGUCGAUGGUGGAGUUUGAUAGCUUCUUGGAAGGUGUCUCAGAUCAAGAUUUGGCAAAGUUGGAUGAUGAGGACAAGACAGUCGAAGGAGAUGGAGAACCGAAUGAGAACGGAGUGUGGGGUGAAGAGGAUGAGGAGGAGGAGGGGGAGGAGUGGUGGGAUGGGGAGGCCGCCAAGACACUGGAAGAGGAGGCCAAGGAUAAAGGCAUCACCAAUCUCUUUGACCCAGCUCUCCUAGGCUGUCCUCCACCUAAACAAGAGGACAUUGACUUGUUGAAGAGAAGAUUUGGCCACUCAAACUUCAAGCCGGAACAGUGGAAGAUAAUACAUUCUCUGGUGUUCCAGAAACGAGAUAACUGUGCCGUCCUGGCCACUGGGUUUGGCAAGAGUCUGUGCUACCAGUACCCAGCGGUGGUGAGUGGGGGACUGGUUCUGGUCGUGUCUCCUCUCAUCUCUCUCAUGGAGGACCAAGUAUCUGCUCUCAGAGUGAAGGGUAUUCCAGCCGUGUUUCUGGGUUCAGCUCAAGAGGCCUCUGCCUCUGCCCGUGGGAAAAUCAUGAAGGGUGAGUAUAGAGUCGUGUAUGUCACCCCAGAGUACGUGUCCCACAAUCAGAGUUUUAUUCAGGAAUUGGACAAACGUGUCGGUAUAGUGGCAGUGGCAGUGGAUGAGGCUCACUGUGUGUCUCAGUGGGGACACGACUUCAGAGCCGACUACAGAGAACUGGGGACACUGAGAAACGCUCUUCCUCAGGUGCCGUUCCUGGCUCUGACGGCAACGGCCACGCCCCCUGUCAGGAGAGACAUCUGCUCAUCUCUCCACCUCAGAGACCCUCUCAUCUCAUACACCAGCUUCGACAGAGCGAACUUGUAUUUGGAGGUUUGGUCGAAAUCAGACAAUGCUCUCACUGAUCUGAAGCCACUGAUGGCAGCUACCAAGACAGAGAAGAGAGUGACGUACAGUUUCGAAGGAGCUACGAUAAUCUAUUGUCCAACUAGAGACACCACUUCAACAAUUGCCACGCUAAUGAAAAAUGUGGGGGUGAGGUGCGAAGCGUACCAUGCCGGUCUGUCGCCCGAUACGAGGAAGUCGGUCCACCACAAGUUCCUGAGAGAUGAACUCCAGUGUAUUGUGGCUACUGUCGCCUUUGGCAUGGGCAUUGACAAACCCGACAUACGAACCAUCAUACAUUAUGGAGCUCCAAAAGACAUUGAGAGCUACUAUCAGGAAAUAGGACGGGCUGGCCGUGACGGGGCUGCCAGCAAGUGCUGUGUGUUCUAUAAGACUGCUGAUUUCAACCUGAGCAGGUCAGCACGUGUAUAUACCUAGAGUUGAACCCCUCUAAUCCGGACACCAAUGGGACAGAAGAAAGUGUCCAUAUUAGUGAGGUGUCCUUAUUCAAUGGAUAAAUCGCAUGCAAGAACUGUUCUUGGGUAUAUUAGGGAAAAUGUGUUCUUAGAGAGGUGUCCGUCCUCCUUUCCCUAGGUGUCCUCCUUAGAGAUGGGUUAGUUGGAUGAAAUUUAUACCUUGUCAAACUGUUGAACAAUUGCAUGGAAUUGUCUAUAAGUAUAUUUGUAGGUAUUUUGUGAAGGAUUUGGGCGACAAAAAGUUCAAGCAGCACAAACUGGAAACCAUCGCAAAGAUGGAGAAAUACCUGGCCUCUAUCGGUUGCAGACGAAAAAUGUUGCUGUCUCAUUUCAUGAGGAGGGUGUCCUCGUCAGUGGGUGGCCGUACUGACUGCUGCGACAACUGCAGGCUAAGACUCACCCAGCCAACUCUGAGCAAAUCCAUCGUCAAUAAGGCCACAGACUACUCCGCCGAAGCCAGACUCCUCAUGACAACAGCUGAGAGCUGUGGAGGGAGAUAUGGACUGGGAACAUAUGUGCUGGUCCUCAGAGGCUCUAAAAUCCGAAAAGCAGUUCCUUUCACCAGAAUUUCUACAUAUGCCAAGGGACUACAUCACAGCGAGAAAUGGUGGAAAGCAUUUGGGAAACAUUUGAGACUGGAAGGCUACCUCAGAGAAGAAGCUGUUCCUGGUGGACAUGGCUGUACUGUCACUACCUCAAACAAAGGUAGCCGGUGGAUGGGAGAAGGUCACAAACUGAAACUGACUCCAAAUCGUGAAAUGCUGUCAGCAGAAGCACUUCCAGCUCCAAAUCCAACCAGGUCCUACCUCCCUUCAUCCUCCCAAGGAGCACACCCACUACCCACGCACUAUCACCUACUGGAGGUAGCAGUGGUGGUGGCGGUCCAGUGGCAGAGUACCUACCAACUGUGGAGCAGGAGGAGUGCUAUGAUGUGGUGGAGGUGGAGAGAGUGGUCACUGCACCCACACCACAACAACCUCCCAAAAACCCCACCAUCACCAAACUAGAGAACGUAUUGUACCAGCAUCUGCUGGUAUUUCGCAAUGACUUGGCGAGAGACGUGCAGAUUGCUCCAUUUCUCGUGUGCAGCAACGGACUGCUUGCUGACCUGACCAGGGCUCGACCGCAAACUCUGGAGAGUAUGAAGACGGUAGAAGGAGUGUCUGAGGUUUGGCUACAGAAGUAUGGAGACAAGUUUCUGGAGACGAUCGGCAAUUUUUGCGGGACUCGAGAUGUUGAUUUUCCGAUGGAUGCCCACCUGUCUGCAGCCUCGACGCGGCCACAGUCGGCACCCACCAUCGUCAAAGAGAAACUGGUGAAGAGGUGCCAAUUUGUCGGGGCUCUUACAGACACAAUCAUGACAUCAUACUCUGCCUUCACUCAGGAAAAGCUCUCAGUGGAGGAGAUAAUGAAACGGAGAUCUCUCACUGGAUCUACUGUACUGGGCCACCUGGCAAAGGCGCUGGAAAUGGGAUACUUUGUCGACUAUCGCAGAGCCGGUUUGACAGCAGAGUUGGAAGAUACCAUCACAAUCGCCAUCAGAAGAGAGCCAAUAUUCUCAAACGUAGCCUCUCUGAGACUGAUCAAAGACCAACUCCCGGACGACAUUGCAUAUGGUCACAUCAACCUCGUUAUUGCAGUUCUCAAAAUCAAGACUGGCUACGUUUCUUCAACCGAGUCAACAGUCUGUCCCACCCUCUCAACCCCCUCUCACUCCUCAACUACCUCCACGUCUCCCCCAGCUCAGCUACACGCCAGUUGUCACGCCAGCUCGCAGGCAAAGAAGAGAAAGCUCCCAUUUGCCCCUGGUAAUCCGGGCAGAAAUUGGAAGAGAUCGAGAAACAACAAGACAGGCAAAUUCUGGUAAAAUCUCCCCUCACUUCCUAACAGAUUGUCAUUAUACUGGGACAGAACAUAUGAUCAACUGUGAGAUGCAGCAUAAAGAGUAGGUAUUGUUAUAAACAGAAUUUCUUGAAUGAUUGCAGUAAAAUUUCCCGAUCUAAAUUGUAACCUGCAUCACAAAUCAAAAGUGAAUUACACAGUCUAUGUAUUACAGCGGUAUAUAUAAUACCGAUGAAGACCAGUCUGUUUAGCCUGGGCUGGUCGUGCCACUCUGUAGAUCUUUCUUUCUCAAACAGCUCGUACACUCCCUGCACUAUCACUCUCCUGCUCUCACCCACCACUGAUAGAACUCCCUGCAUUCUCAUUAUGUUCAUUGGGUCACCAUCCGAGUUGCAAAGAGUCUUCUCCCACAAGAGAUCCUGCAACCACUGGUCUAGCUGCUCCUCAAUCACAUCUCUCUCUACUUCAAAUGUGACUGUGCUGACUGCUAUGUCAAUGUGAUGGCUCCCAUCAUUUUGAAGGACUUGUGGAAGAGCCC